ACAAAGCUAGUAAGUUGAGACUGGAAAGUCUUGUAGUGAGGAAGUCUCUACUCAUUCACUCUCUAGGUAUUGGCGAAGAAAAGAAACCUUAAGGGAAGAGGCAAAGCUCUGAGAUUCAGGUUCUGAAGGAAGGGUUUACCUAGAAGGGUAAUGGAGCAGAAAUCAGAGAGGCAGAGACUCAGGGAAAUAGCUGCAAGGUUUGGAAUAGAGUAGACAGUGGCUGUUGAUUAGGGAAUCCCUGAGUUGGACCUUGGAGUAGAGGGUGGGUCUGGGUUCCCCUACCAGUGAUUGGGAGAAGUAGUGUAACUUUGAUUUAGGGGACUGCUGGGAACACCCAAUGACCUGUCCAAACCAUGAAGAGAACUGCCAAUCCUGGAGUGUGAGAUGCUGCAGAGCAAGAGAGAAAUAGAAGCCUCUGGACAAACCACUACAGAGUACACUAUAAGUCCUCCACCUGGAAAUACAACACAGGGAGAACGUACUACGUAUGGAGAUCAGUGUGGUGGCUUCCUCUCAAAUCCAUCUGGGUCGUUUUCUAGCCCGUAUUACCUUGGAAACGGUCUCAUCACACAGUGUGUCUGGCAAAUACAAAUAGAAUACAAUCGCAUAGUACUAGUCUUCUCUUAUGUCAGUUUGAACUGCUUUCAGGAAUUUAUUGAAAUCUAUGAUGGACCCCUCUAUGCAUCCCCCUUACUUGGGAAAAUCUGUAAUGGGUCAAAUCUCAGCUAUGUAUCAUCUUCAAACACACUGACAGUUCUAUUACGCAGAGACUCCUAUAACUCGGAAUAUGGGUUUUCUGCUUAUUAUAACUCUCUGUUCCCAGAGCUUCCUCCAUCUAGUGCAUCGGGGACAACAGUUCCACCUGGAAAUACAACACAGGGAGAACGUACUACGUAUGGAGAUCAGUGUGGUGGCUUCCUCUCAAAUCCAUCUGGGUCGUUUUCUAGCCCAUAUUACCCUGGAAACGGUCUCAUCACACAGUGUGUCUGGCAAAUACAAAUAGAAUACAAUCGCAUAGUACUAGUCUUCUCUUAUGUCAGUUUGAACUGCUUUCAGGAAUUUAUUGAAAUCUAUGAUGGACCCCUGUAUGCAUCCCCCUUACUUGGGAAAAUCUGUAAUGGGUCAAAUCUCAGCUAUGUAUCAUCUUCAAACACACUGACAGUUCUAUUACGCAGAGACUCCUAUAACUCGGAAUAUGGGUUUUCUGCUUAUUAUACCUCUCUGUUCUCAGAGCUUCCUCCAUCUAGUGCAUCGGGGACAACAGUUCCACCUGGAAAUACAACACAGGGAGAACGUACUACGUAUGCUCUUCCAAGUACUCCACAGACCACUAUAAAUUCAAUAAAUGGCUCGUGUGGUGGCUACCUUUCCACCGCUUCUGGAUCAUUCUCUAGUCCAUUCUUUCCUGAAAACUAUCCAGUGAAUGUACAAUGUGUCUGGAGAAUAGAAGUCAAGAACAAUUAUUAUAUCAGACUCAUCUUUAAGCAUCUUGAGCUAGAAGUUUCAUAUAAUUGUGCUUAUGACUUUGUUGAAGUCUAUGAUGGUCCUCUGAAUACAUCUCCUCUUGGGAGGAUUUGUGAUGGUUCAAAUUACACAUUUACAUCAUCUUCAAAUACAAUGACUGUUCUGUUUUCAAGUGACUUUAGUUAUACAAGAAGUGGAUUCAGUGCUUACUAUGAUUCAUUUCCAGAAAAGAACAAUGAUACAGCGCUGGCAUGUUCUGGACAAUAUAUGCUUGCAGUCAUUAACAGAAGCUAUCUGCAGUCAUUGGGCUACAAUGCUUGGGAUGUUUAUCUGAAUGACUCCUCCUGUGGGCCACAACAGAUCACGGAAACCUAUGUUAUAUUCAACAUACCUUUUAAUGGAUGUGGUACAAUAAGACAGGUGAAAAAUAACACUAUCAUGUAUUCCAAUGUAAUCAGAACAUCUCCUUCUGGUUAUAUUAUCACAAGGAAAAGCAACUUUCAGUUUCACGUUACCUGCACAAUGAACCAGGACACAAUGGUAGAAAUAAUGUAUGUUGCCAAAGGUGAUACUGACAUAAGUGAAGCCCAGCAUGGCAGAUAUGACGUGAAUAUUUCAUUUUAUGAAUCAUCAAAUUUCUCAAAUCCAGUUUACAAUUCCCCAUACUAUGUUGACCUAAACCAGGAUUUAUUCCUUCAAGCCACUCUCUACAGUUCCGAUUCAAACCUGGUGAUGUUUACCGAUACAUGCGUGGCAUCUCCAUAUUCUGAUGGCUUCACAAACCUGACUUAUGUUUUAAUCAGGAAUGGAUGUGUAAGAGAUUCCACCUACAGCUCAUACUAUUCACCAAUGGGAUACAUUGUUCGUUUCAAAUUCAAUGCCUUCAAGUUUCUCAACAGACAUGCUACCAUUUACUUGCAGUGCAAGAUAGUUGUAUGCAGGGCAUAUGAUUAUUCUUCUCGAUGCUAUCAGGGAUGUUUAGCGAGGCGCAAGAGGGAUACAAGUCCUUACCAGGAAAAACUAGAUGUUGUUGUGGGGCCAGUCCAGCGUAAAAAAGAAACCAAUGAGGACAGAAAAGCUGACCCACACAAGAGAGAGUUUCUGGAAAAAGAUGACGUACGCAGCCCAUUUGUUCUUGCCACUUUGCUCCUGGCAGGAGUUGUUUUGGUUCUCAUUGGAGCCCUUUUGAGAAGUAAACUGAGAAGAAGAACUGAGUAUCAAGUGCUGUGAGAGAGUAUCACAAGGCAUCACAUGAGGUGGCUCAGCCUCAUUCUUCAUGAAUGUAUUCAAUGUCGAACAUUUGCACAGUGAUUUAAUAGAUAACAGUAAAUUAAUAAAGGAAAGUACUUGGCUUUCAAAGGUCAACAAUAAAUGUACAGAACAUGCUCUAAUAUGCAGAGAUGUGUUCCACUAAACCUGAUUUGGAUGCACUUUAAAUGAAGAGUCUCAAAUAGGGCUUGAGGAAAAUAAAUCUUCAGUUUUGUGUGUGCAGACAAAAGUGCACGUGCACCAAUUUUACCUGCAAUAUCUUGCCUUCAUACACAAAUGGACAUUGAUAUGUUCAAAGUGGGUAACUGUCCAGGCAGUAGAUGGGCACACAAUUAUUUGACUCUUGCAGCAUUUGGUGAUUUCCUAACAUGUUUAGUGCAUUUGUAUUUUGGUUACAGUGAUCAGUCUGAAUAUGUUUGGGAAGGUUCUGACUAGGUCAGUUGUAGAGAAAGGACAGCUGUGAAACUCCGAUCUGGACAUUGGGGGUGUUGAGUUCUAUGGAUUCAGGUUGGGGCCAUCUCUGCAUUUAACUAGCACAAGUAAGUGUAUUUCUCUGGAAGUAACAUGAAAAUUCCUGCCCUUGUUAAUUUAGUAAACAGUUGAUUAUUAAAGUGAUACCUCUUGAAAUCCAACAGUUGUUUAGCAUAGGGAUAUAUAUUAAGUUUUUAUUAUAUCUAAUUAAACAUAUAAUCAAUCAGUAUAAAUA